ACAUGGCGUCCGACAGUGAGAGCGACGAGGAUUUCGUGACUUACGGAACUCCGUUGGAGCCUCUGGAAGAAGACGAGCCGUUGAAGAAGCCCGUCCCUCUCCACGAGCAGACGGUGAAGGAUGAGAAGGGCCGGUAUCAGAGGUUCCACGGAGCGUUCACCGGAGGGUUUUCAGCUGGUUAUUUCAACACGGUGGGCACUAAAGAAGGCUGGACGCCGUCAACCUUUGUGUCGUCACGGCAACAGAAAGCUGACAAGCAUCAUGCCAGACCAGAAGAUUUCAUGGAUGAGGAGGACUUCGGCGAGCACGGCAUCGCUCCCAGACAGAUCACCACCAGCCAGGAGUUCUCGUCCGGUCGCAGGGACGAGGCCAGAGAGAAGGCGAGAGCCGUCGGCGCUCAGGCAGCGCUGAUCCCCGGAGACACGCUGCUGGAGGAGCUGAUCUCACCUGCCAGGCUGUCCAUCGGGGUGGAGCUGCUGAGGAGGAUGGGCUGGAAGGAAGGCCAGGGCGUCGGGCCUCGUGUGAAGAGGAAAGCUCGCAGACAGCAGGCUGAUGGUGGUAGCAGAGUUUACAGCUGUGCGCUGCCCCCUGCUGGAUCGGAGCACUCAGAGGACGAUGACGAAGAGUUCGCUCCAGAGAACGUGACCUUUGCCCCCAAGGACGUGACUCCGGUGGACUUCAACCCCAAGGUGGGGGUUCAGGGUCUGGGGUACCGUGGUCUGGACCCAGGCCUGGCGCUGCUGGGCCGAGGAGCGCCCGAACACAUCGACCUGUUCGACCCGCGGUCCGAGACGAGGAGUCGACUGUUCGGAGACACGCGGGGAGGCUCGCGGAGGGGCGGCGUGGCUGGACAGGCGUUCGGGAUCGGGGCCCUGGAGGAUGACGACGAUGAAGAGGUUUACCACAGAGACUCCAUGUCCAGAUACGACACGGUGCUGGGAGGAGAGGAGCCCGGAGACGGCCUGUACGGCUGGACGGCUCCGCGGCAGUACACCCAGAGGAGAGACAAAAGCAAAGACGUGUCGUACCUCGGCAAAAUCCUGGAGGGAUUCACUCUGGCCCAAAAACCUGCCGAAGAAAAAACAAUCUUCCCUCCCCCGUCGCUGCCCAGUGACUAUCGUCCGCUCCAUCGUUUCCGUCCAUCGGUCGACGUUUCCCGUCUUUCCGGGGUCAGUCCCGCGCUGGCCGAGGCUCUGAGGGCCUCCAGGGGCCACAUGGUGAAAGAGGAACCCCAACAAGGAGGCCGGCACCAGCUGGACUCCUGCCAGAGGAGGACGCUGCUGGGAGAAGACGCCCUGUCAGGUCCCAGUUCAGUGAUGGAGCUGCUGAGGCCUGAAGACCGACAGCGACUGCUCAACCUCCGCAACUCCUCCGUCGUGCCCGCCGCAAAAAGCACGACCCCGGACUCCCACGAUGCCUCGCGAUCCACGGGGUCGUCAGCUGCGGGCGGCGCGGCCUCCUCCGGCCUCCAGCAGGAGGCCCUGGCGGUGUGGAGAGGCGUCCAGACCUCCACGCAGACCUUCAGGCCGUUUGAGAACAACCCCAGCAAACAGGCGCGCUAUGAGCUGUACCUCAGCCGCCUGAAGCAGGGAGACAAAGACGCCCUGGAGCAGAGUCUGGACCCGGGGGCGACCGAGUGGGAGCGCAGCAGGGAGAGGGAGGAGUUUGUCCGAGCCUCCAUCCUGUACAGACCCUCCUCCUCGUCGCUCUCCUCCCGCUUCACCCGAGCCAAACACCAGGAGGACGACGACAGCGUGGAGGUCAGCCGGGACCAGGAGGGCGACGUGGACGACAAACAGGCCGCCGUAAAUAUGAAGAUGUUCGGAAAACUGACCAGAGAAACAUUCGAGUGGCAUCCUGACAAACUACUCUGCAAGAGAUUCAACAUCCCAGACCCCUACCCCGGGUCCAGUGUGGUGGGUCAGCCGAAGGUCAAGAGAGACAAGUUUUCAGUCUUCAACUUCCUGACUGUGACUGAGAGCAGAGAGACAUCAGCUCCUCCAAAGCCUCCAGAGCCUGGGAAGAAGUCUCGGUGGGACGUUUCAGACCGGAAGGAGGAGAAGAAGCAAACUGACCCGCUGAGUGAGCUGCUCAGUGCUGCACGAAACAAAUCUGCGAGCAACCUGGAACAAGCGUCCGAACGCGGCGAACCCGCCUCCGGCAGCGCCAGCAGGCGGAGUCUGGACAGCAGAGCAGAGACUAAGUCGGUGGAUCAGCACAGCUCAGACAAGAAGAAACAAGGUGAUGGAGCAGAGGAAGAGGAGCAGGAGGAAGAGGAGGAGAGCAGGCCUCCCAUGGAUCUGUUUAAAGCCAUCUUCGCUGGCUCCUCUGAUGAGAAAUCCUCCUCUUCAUCGGAGGGAGAGAGCAACGAUGAGGAAGAGGUGAAGGACGCGGAGGAGCAUGAGGUCAGAGGGGAGCCACAGCAGCUGAACCUCUUCAAUAUCACCUCCACCACCUCCUCCGUCACCUCCUCCACCACCUCCUCCACCAUCACAUCCGGCCAGCAGACAGCGGUGCUCUCGUCUCAGAACUCGACACAAGAAGAAGUGUUUGGUCCGAAGCUGCCCCCCCCUUCGGCUGCUCUGCUGUCAAGAGACAAAGUCAGAGGAGGCGCCACCUCUGCCCGCUCCCCCAGGGAGGAGGAGAACCCCAGGAAGAGGAACAAAGAGAAGAAACACAAGAACAAGAAGCAGCACAAACACAAGAAGGAGAAGAAGAAGAAGAAACAUAAGAAGCACAAACACAAAGGGAAGGAGAAGAAGAAGAGCAAGAAGGAGGCAUCAGACAGCAGCCCGGAGGACAGUGAUGAGGACAGCGAUGGAGAAGCUGGACAGGUGACGGCAGAGGAGCUGCUCAAAAGACUGAAAAAUGUCGAGUCACAUCAGAGCUGGUGAAGAAGCAGGAAGUGUGUCCUCUGUGAGGACGACCAACCUGAAAAUAACACAUCAGAGCUGACCUCCCCCUCCACUACACUCACUUCAUUUUACGCCACAGAUUACCUGUUGCUCUUGUUUUGAACAAUAAAACGAUUAUUAUUUGA